AUGGUCGGACAGUGUUUUGAACAACCCGCCGCAAGGUAUCAACGUCGAGCCGCGGUGGAGAAUGGUGCCGAUCUGAAAUCAUCGCACAUCGACCUGGCCUUCGGCGCAUCUAAGUCGUGCAAACACUGGUCAUCAGCAUUGACAGAAGAAAUGUCUAGGAAUCAAGACGAAAAGUUCAAUUGCAAGAAGCCGGAAGGUUUCGAGUUCUUGGGGGCCGAGCUGCGGAAGUCGAGCAUCUCGUUUGGCGAGAGGUCUGAAGAAAACCUGUUGAGCCAUCAGAAACAGCAGUUCACUGCGCCACCAAAGGACACAAUAACUCAUUCAACAUUGAUUUGGCGCUACCGCACAGACUUGCAGAAUGCCCACCCCCGUGACCUUGGCGACACUGUCGGACGCGUUUUGGGAUUUGCCUCGGUCCCGACGAUUAUUGCGGCAAUGCUUGCUGCAUCUUGGCACCCGUUUUACAAGGGUUUGGUGGAUGGCACCGGCUCCAUGUACCACUUCCGGACCUUCGUGCAGCAAGAGAUGCUUCUGCUCCCGGCUUGGCGGCUCGUAGCCGACGCGUUGUUAAGCAACGGAGAAGGCAUGCCACAGGUUGUGGACUACCUGACCGAUGAGUCAAGAUUGCACAGCACUUUCUCUGCGAGUUUCGGCUUCUCCCCAGAGGCGCCAGAGCCGCUGCCGAGCACGGCGGCAUAUAUGGACUUUCUAGAAGAAGUCGCGGACUUUCAACGUGGAGAUCAUACGAUUCUGGAGUGCACCGUCCGUGCUUUGGCAACACUUUCGGCAAGAUUUCGGCUGCUGCACUGGAUCAGCCAUGCGCUGCUGGAUGCGAUCCCGGAAGUGGCCACCAACGACAAUCCUAGCGCCAAAUGGCUGAGCUUCUGCGAUGCGGACGAAUUCCGCAAUAUAUCCGCACGUCUCGGUGCAGCUUUGGAUGUGGCCGCCGGCCGAGGUGCCCUGGAACGUCAAGCAGAACUGGGCAGUCUGACCUACAUCAACACUCUGCGACACGAGUUUGAUUUUCUGAUGGAGAUCUGUGGCGGCACAACGCAAUCCCUGGAGGGUCGUUUAGGGCAGUCAACUCAUGCCCGAACACCGGCGCAUGUUGGUUUCAUGUCGAUGCGGCCGGCGCUUGAUGUGCUGCAGCUGGAACAGCACGGGUGCAAAGGGCAGUUUGGUGCUGCGGCAUGCGGACUUGCGAGGAAGCAGCGCUGGUCGACGUGGAGGGCCGGCCUGCACACUCCUCAUCGCUGGGGCCCAGCAAGGUACCUGCGACGAGACCUGGAGACUGCACCAUCGCAGGCGUUUGCUGCCUGGCUGGAGAAAGCACAAAAUGUGCUGAGGAGGCCGUGUGAGGACAUGGCUUCAUUCUUGCUGCUGCAGUCGCUGCUGAAAUAUUUGCAUGUCGCCGGCGAGGCGGAAGUCAGAUCCUGGCAGGAGAUUGCAGGUACGCGUGGUGGUUUUCCUGGCCUGACUGAACUUGAGGCGCAGCUCAAAGACAAAGCUGUUCACGCCUUCAACAUUCUGAAGUUCGAGCUGGCAAAGUCCAGAGAUCGCAAUAUGAUGCGUGCCGAUCUUCUACGUCCAUGCUUUGCAUCGGUCUCUUGCGAUGCUUUGUUGGAGAAGUUUGCAUCAGGUGAUGAGCCAGCUUCAAUCCUGGCAAGCUUGAGUGGAUGCGCGCGGGAGGAUGCCGAAAUCCUGCUCCAAUUCGGUGGCCGUUUAUCCGAACUCUUCGCACCGGUCGAGCUUGCAAAGCGUGUUGGGCGACAGGAUUGGGAUUCGCGCCCGUGUUCAUUGGGAGCGUCGCUGCUGCCUUUGGUGGAUGAAGCCGUCAGGUCACUUCAGGAGAAGGGGAAAGCUGUGAGAGUAUCGGUUUUCGGUGGCUGCGGCCUCACAGCCGCACUUGCUCGCCGACUCGGCUGCGCGGUUGUCGUGGUCGAGCAGCGCAUGCUGUUGCGCAAGUGCUUGGAGGUGCUGUUCAAGCAAAACGGGCUUGAGAACGUCCACUGUGCAGAUAAUGCCGAUCUCGCCUCAGAUAUUUUUGUUUGGGAGGGUCUUGACGAGGACGGAAUCUUAGAAUUUGGCCACUGGCGGCUACUGCAGUUGCAACUGGAGAAGUUGAAGAAGAGAGGUUUCCCCGAACCUCUGAUGAUCCCAAAGUCCAUUCGCGUGAAUGCUGCCCUGGUGGAUGACAGCCUGUUGCGGAUUCGAGGGUGCCGGCUGGGUCGCUUCGAGUGCAUGCGGGGCUACGAUCUCUCCUACUCGCACCGCUGGCCGGAAGGUGCUUGCCAUAUCCGUCCGAGCUUGCGCUCCCCUGUGCAGCACGUUUUCGAUCUCUCCUUGGGCCGGGAGAUGCCGAGCUGUGCGCUGCUGCGGCUCCGUGCCGAGCCCGGUGCGCCGGUCACCGGAGUGGCUUUCUGGGUGGAGAUACCAUCUCUUGCAGUCGCCUCGCCUCGCCCACCUGAUGCUGAGCAGACAUGGGCGCGCUGCGUGCAUUCGAGGAUCGUCUUGUGGGAGUGGUUGUGUCAGUUGCUUCCGGGUGAUGUGGCUGGCAUCUUUUGGCAGCAAAGAACUCAGUUGGAAAGGAAGAUUUGGUUUUCCUGGGCGGAUGAAGACUGCUUGCAUGCCUCGCCUUUGCUUCCGCCGGUUGGCAUAAGCAAGUUGCCGCCUUGGCACUACAAGAUGCUCAAUGACCACGAACGCAACCGUAGAUACCAUUCGGCAAUUGCCCGUGGUGCGGCGAAGGCGAGUGCACGGCGGCAGGCCAACGGCUCCCCAGGUAGACCCAAGGUCCUGGACUGUGGCUGUGGCGCAGGGCUGCUGUCCUUGAUCGCCGCCCGGCACGGUUGUGACGUCUCGGCCGUGGAGCUUUCGCCGCUGAUCUCGGAUGUGACGCUCGAGACCUUCAGAGACGUCAGCCAGGAGUCUGCUGCAUCUCUGAUGCUUCACACUGCGGACGUGCGGAGCCUAACGCCCGAUGCUUUGGAGAGCAACGGAGGCCCAGGCCCAGGCCAUGAUCUCAUAGUGAGUGAGUUGAUGGAUGCAUCUGGUGUGGGAGAAUCUUUGCUCAGCGUCUUGGAGCAUGCCUGCCAGCAUCUUGCGGCUCCCGGGGCACAGGUCGUGCCUUGCACUCUUCGCCUGACCGUAGCUCUGGCUUACCUGACGCUUCCGAACUGUCACGGUGGUUUCGAUUUUUCGGCCCUGGACAUGAUCUCCUUCUGCUCCCUGCGGGGUGGGCCCUUCUCGGAGGGAAAACCGCUGCCAACACAACUGGAGACAGGUGCUUCAGGCCUGCUGACCGCGUCUGCUCUGCCAUCUCUUCAUGGCAAGGGACCUUUCACAUCGCGAAACUUGAACCGUUUGCGAAAGGGCGAGGUCUGGGACACGCUGACGCCCGAGGCUCACCUGCUGGAGGUGGACAUUCGCCGAGCCCUGCAAGGCGAGUCCCUGUACCCUUGCAAAGGGCAGGUGGAGCUGAUGGUGUCACAGGAGGGUGUUGCCAACUGCAUCCUCUGGUGGUGGGAAGCCCAGCUGGACGAACAUGAGACCAUCUCGAACAAACCCCAAAGUCUUGGCAGUGGCUAUGUGACUCAUUGGCACCAGCCCCUUUGCCCGGUCGGCCCCAUCCCUGUGGCAGCUGGUGAUCGGCUGAAGCUGACGGUUGAGAUCGCGGACGCUGCAGGGCAGAAGAUGAAGUUCUCGCUGCAGCCAUCUGAGCCGACUUCGGCCAGGCACUGGAAGGAGGGUGCAGGCGCAAAGCUGGCCCCAGACCCUCUGCAAGACUUACUCCUGGGUUGGCAUGCAGAGAUGGAGGAGGCCUGCGCUCUGAAUUCAAAGCUCACGACCAAGUUCACUUCCAGGGGCGACCUGGCUGGGCUCGCGAAGCUGCAGACCGCCGUGCUCUUGAUGGUUCUGGUGCCACAGGCCUUCGGCUGCGAUCCCUUCAUACGGGCGGAUCGCCGCAGUCGCGGUAUCGAGUUGCAGGAUCGCUUCAAGCAGGCCGACACGAUGCAUCUCCGCACGCUCAUGUCCGUGGCGCGGAUCACGCCACCAAGGGUGCUGAUCGUUGCAGGUUCAGACAGCGGAGGGGGAGCGGGACUCCAGGCGGACCUGAAGAGCUGUACUGCCCUCGGCGCCUUCGGCACAACAGCCGUGACUGCGCUAACCGCGCAGAACUCUCAUGGCGUACAGGGCAUUUUUCCGAUUCCCAUUGAUUUCCUGCGGUCGCAAAUGGAGUCCGUGCUUACAGACUUCGGAACUGACGUGGUGAAAACUGGGAUGCUGGCCACUUCAGAAAUUGUUUCCGCAGUUGCGGCGUCGCUGAAGGAACAUGUUGCACCGGCAGAGCGCUGGCGCCGGAUCCUUGUCGUAGACCCAGUUAUGGUCUCGACCAGCGGGCACGCGCUGUUGCAGCCGGAUGCCGUGGAGAGCGUCAGGAAAGAGCUGUUUCCACUUGCGACGAUCAUCACUCCGAACUUGCCCGAGGCUCGGCUCCUCCUGGGCCGCGAUGGCAUCGACACUGUCGAAGCCAUGCGGCAGGCUGCCAGAGAGCUUGCGGCCAUGGGCCCCGAGUGGGUUUUGGUCAAAGGUGGACACCUCGCGGAGAGCGAGGAUGAGAUGGAAGCGACCGACGUGCUAUGCAACGGCAUCACUGGCGAAUGUACGGCCUACAAGUCGUCAAUGAUCAAGACGUCGCACACUCAUGGUACAGGCUGCACGCUUGCUUCCUCCAUCGCCAGCUGCCUGGCGAGAGGCAUGGAGAUGCCAAUGGCUGUGCAGGAGGCGAAGCGCUACGUUAGUGGGGCCAUCGCGGCUUCUGCGAGCACAGGCAACAUUUUUACCCAGAGUGUGCUGUUAUUGGCGGGACUUUGGCUUGGUAUGGCAUGCGUUGUGGGAAAUGUGGUUGCCAAGGCUGUGAAGCAGAUGGCCUCCUUCGCAGAUACAGUCGGCAAGGAGCGCGAUUGA